UUUGCUUAGUUGUGUUUUCGUCUUGCCUUUUUCCACUAGUCUCUCUCUCGCGAAGUAGUUGGAAAAAUCAUUUUUGCAAAGUUUUUCGCUGGGACCAAAAAGCUAAAUUUUUUAAAAACAAAAAGGAAAUUGUACAGAUCGUCGGUGUGUGUGUGUGUGUGCGCGUAGUGUAUGAGUGUGUACCAUCCAAUCCUGUCGCGUGUGUAUGUGAGUGUGGGGCCGCAAAUUAAAAGCAAUACCACACUGAAAACCGACACAAUCACACACGGAAAAGAACAGUUUAAUUCAAUUACAAGUGAAAUUAGAGUGAGUGCCCGAUAAUUGUCAACUGGUCAGGUGGACAGGAAAAUCACCAGAGGUGUUACGUGAAAGUUCCGAGGAUCGUCAAAGGCCACAGAAUCACCUUUUAGUGGCUGGCUCAAAAGGAAAGAAAUUGAUUUUCCAUUUUCCACAAUUGCAAUUGGAAGCAAAGCAAAGCAAAGCAGAGAAGAAGAGAGCAAGUGUGUGCGAGAGAAAGAGCGAGGGGGUGUAAGCGUGAGAGAGAGAGAGAGGGAGAAAGAGAGAAGCACUUCCAGGCGUCGCAUCCUCCUCCUUUUUCGCAUGCAAUGAAUAUUGUCGGGGAAUAUGAAUAUAGCUCCAAGGAUAUGUUGGGCCACGGCGCCUUUGCCGUCGUCUACAAAGGACGUCAUCGCAAGAAACACAUGCCGGUGGCCAUUAAGUGCAUCACGAAGAAGGGACAGCUGAAGACGCAGAAUCUGCUGGGCAAGGAGAUCAAGAUCCUGAAGGAGCUCACCGAACUCCACCAUGAGAAUGUGGUGGCUUUGUUGGACUGCAAGGAGUCACCGGAUUGCGUCAGUCUGGUCAUGGAGUACUGCAAUGGAGGCGACCUGGCGGAUUAUUUGAGUGUUAAGGGGACGCUUAGCGAGGAUACUGUGAGGCUAUUCCUCGUGCAACUAGCUGGUGCUAUGAAGGCACUUUAUACCAAAGGAAUUGUGCAUCGUGAUCUCAAGCCACAAAACAUUUUGCUAUCGCACAAUUAUGGCAAGACAUUGCCAGCUCCAUCGAAAAUAACCCUGAAAAUUGCCGAUUUCGGGUUUGCGCGUUUUCUGAACGAGGGCGCCAUGGCAGCCACUUUGUGCGGCUCUCCAAUGUAUAUGGCACCCGAGGUGAUCAUGUCGCUGCAGUACGACUCUAAAGCGGAUCUCUGGUCACUGGGAACGAUUGUUUACCAGUGUUUGACUGGCAAGGCGCCAUUCUAUGCACAAACACCCAACGAACUAAAGUUCUACUAUGAGCAGAAUGAUAACCUGGCGCCCAAAAUUCCAAAUGGCGUGUCGCCGGAUUUGAGGGAUCUGCUACUGUGCCUGUUGCGCCGCAAUGCCAAGGACCGCAUCUCGUACGAGAGCUUCUUUGUGCACCGCUUCCUUCAGGGCAAGAAGGCGGCCGCGUCGCCAGGUGAGCCAAGCCAAGCAGCUAACCUGCGACGGCGAGUCUCUAAGAGUGGUGUUCUUGCAGUUGACAUGCCACCGCUGGGCGGAACCCCGCCGGCCAAGGCCAAGAGCCCCUUGCAGCAGCAGCUGGAGCAGGAACUGCAGCUGGUCAAGCUGGCCGAGCAGCAGCAGAAGGAGCGCGAGGAGCAAGAGGCCCAGGAGGAGGAGAAUACGGUGUCCGUGGUGGCCAAUCCGGCUAUAUGCGCCACCAUUACCAACGUUGGGGUGCUGUGCGACAGUGAGAACAAUAGUGGAUCAUGCAGCUCCCAUGAGGACUCCGAUGACUUUGUGCUGGUGCCCAAGAACCUUCCGGAGGAUCAGCGCCAGGGUCUGGUAGUCCAGGGGCAAACCCAAGCCCAGCCCGCUUCCGGUGGCCAGCGUCCACAGCCGCAACAAAAUCAAUCCAGUCCGCCACGUCCCAGCAGUCUACCCAUCUCUGAACCCAAACCAGUGCCGGCUCCAGCCCGUCGCCAGGUGGCUAGCAAUCCGGCCAACUCUCCGGCCAGGCAGGGCACCGGACCAUUGACGGUAGCCACUCUGGGCGGCCAACAGAUACCACGAUCCCAGCCCAUUAGCGUCAAGCAACCGCGACCGGAUCAGCGUAAGAGCAGUGUAAGCAGUGACAUCAACUCGAUCUCACCGCCGGCGGUACAGUUUGCCAUUGGAACGCCGCCAACGCGGAUGCGUUCCGCCUCGGGAGGAUCGCUGUCGGAGACACCGCCGCCUCAUGCUCCAAGCACUUGGCAGGUGUCGCCAGGACAUUCACAAUCGCCGUUGCGCAGAAGUGGCAACAGCUCCCCAGUUCUGCCGUCCGCAGCGCUAACCAAGCUGCCUACUUUGGGCAGUCCCACAAUGCUGGUGGCUCCGGGAUCCCUGGGUUCGAUUGGUUCGGCGGGCAGUGGAUCGGAGAACAAUAAUCAGCAUCAUAUGCUGGGACCGCGAGCUUUUACGCUGCCCGAACUGGGGGCCACUGGCGGUCUACACAGUCUGUUGGAUACAGGAACUGGCGCUGGUGUGGAACCACAUGCAUUCCAGGCCCCAGAGUUGUCGGAGGAGACGCUGAUGGAUCGCGAACACAACGAGACACUGUCCAAGUUGAACUUUGUGCUGGCCCUUACCGAUUGCAUUCAGGAGGUGGCCGACUCGCGUUGUGCACCCCUUUCCACGCUCAUGGUGGCUGGUAGCCAGUCUGCAGCAGCAAAUGCGGCGGCGGAUACCCAACAGAUAUCGCCACACGCUCCCGAGCAUUGCAAGCGGGCUGAGCGCCUGGUUCUGCUUGUCCGGGGUCUCCAGCUGCUCUCGUCAGGGAUGAAUCUGGCCUCCCUGCAGCUGCGCAACGGCCAGCUGAAGCCGUCGUCCAAUGUAAAGAAUGCUUUGCUCACCAUGAACGCCAAAUACCGAAGCAUGCUGUUCGAGUCGAAGCGCCUUAAUGGCAGUGGACUAUUGCAGAAGGCGAAUGCAUUUAAUAUUACAGCGGACAAGAUUCUCUAUGAUUACGCACUGGAUAUGUGUCAGGCAGCCGCUUUGGAUGAGCUAUUGAAAAACACCAAGAAUUGCUUUGAGCGUUACAACACUGCACACAUUCUGCUCCAUUCGUUGGUGCAAAAGUGCAAUCAUCCGCAGGACAAAAUGCUGCUGAACAAAUAUCGCGAUGCCGUUGAGAAGAGGUUGAGCAUAUUGCAGCAGCAUGGCUACAUAUACCAGACCGAUGAGAAUGCUUAAGUAUUCGGGCAGAAAGAGCUUUAUUCCAACCAUGAAGCAUCGGCAAUCUUCACAACAUCAACAACAUUUCCUUAAGUUAUUCACCGUUUUUCGUUGGGAGUGCAAACAUGUGAUUCAAAAACAAAAACUACACUAUCCAUACAUAGACAUAUAAUUUAAACACCACCCACACAUCAUUUCUGGAGUUCUCAGUCCCCACCCAAAAAAAGAAACUGUCCAAUGUAAAUAGUUUGAGCUAUGCAGAUGUAUGUAGUUUUUGUUUUUCUAUAUAAUUUUCGGCCCUCGUGGCGACCAUAAUUGUUAAAGCUUAUAUCGAGUGCAGAUGCAACAUGAAUAAGGGCAGAUAAGAGUCCAUAUAGUCGUAAGAUAACCAUAAUAUAAUAUAUAUAUAUAUAUAUAUAUGUUUACAUAUAUAUGUACAACACGAAAGCUAACCAAGCAAACCACAUUACAUAACGUAAAGGGCAAUAUGCAAGCCAAACUCAGUUUAAAUCUAUGUUUAAAGGAAGAUAGAAGCGGCAGAACCCAGAUCCCAUAUAUCAUGUGCUAGAAUUUUCCCCCUAGUUAUAAUGCCUACUUUCUUAUUUAACAAUCUAAUAUUCCCCCUAUUAUUAUAUUAUAUAAAGAAAAAGAAACACAUACCAUACAAUAUUUAUGGCUGCACUACACAAACAUGUUUACAAUGUGCUAUGUUCAUAGUUUUUAGUUAGGUCUUUUUCUAAAACAACUUUAAAGUGGUAUUUAAUUUUAUGACAAGAAAUUUAUAUUUUAAAAGAAACUUUUUAAGUUUUUCUACAAGCGAAGCCCACAAAAAGAAAACUUUCGAAAAAAUCUAUAUAUGUAUAUGGUAUACAAAAAGAGAGAAACACAUAAAAGAGUGUAUAAAAGGGAAAACAAAAUAUCGAUUUGAACUAAUAAAAAGUACUAAGAAAAA